CCAGAAGCAUCUAGAACACUACACCGUACAAUACACCCCGCCUCAUAUACACACCAUCUCCCCCAAAACCAAACCCUAGCUAAAUCACCACACCAAAUCCUCACAAUGGCGGAGCACUUGGCCUCGAUUUUCGGGACGGAGAAGGACCGUGUCAACUGCCCCUUCUAUUUCAAGAUCGGCGCGUGUCGCCACGGCGAUCGCUGCUCCAGGCUCCACACCAAGCCCAGUGUGAGCCCCACGCUCCUGCUCUCCAACAUGUAUCAGCGCCCCGAUAUGAUCACUCCUGGCGUUGAUGCUCAAGGCAACCCUCUCGAUCCCAAGAAAAUGCAGGAUCACUUCGAGGACUUCUAUGAAGAUCUUUUUGAGGAGCUGGACAAGUAUGGGGAAAUUGAGAGCUUGAAUGUUUGUGACAAUCUUGCAGAUCACAUGGUGGGUAAUGUGUAUGUCCAGUUUAGGGAAGAAGAACAUGCCUCAAAUGCUUUAAAGAAUCUGACAGGAAGAUACUAUGCUGGACGGCCCAUCAUUGUUGAUUAUUCGCCAGUAACCGACUUUCGUGAAGCCACAUGUAGGCAAUAUGAGGAGAAUAUUUGCAAUCGUGGUGGGUACUGCAACUUUAUGCAUUUGAAGAAAAUCGGCAGGGAGCUGAGGCGACAGUUAUUUGGUAGGUACAGAAGCAGGCACAGUCGUAGCCGUAGCAGAAGUCCUUACAGGCACCGAAGCUAUGACGAUCGUUCACACAGCAGUCGCCAUGGUAGGAGGUAUGAGGAUAGGGAUCAUCAUGAAAGCCGCAGGAAAUACAGGAGCAUAAGCCCUGAGCGCCGUAGUGGUCGGAGCAGGAGUCCAGGGGCAAGAAAGCAUCGUAGUCCUGUAAGAGAAGGCAGUGAAGAGAGGAGAGCUAAAAUUGAGCAAUGGAACAGGGAAAGGGAUCAGGCAGAACUUGCGAAGCAUACCAUGACUGGCGAACAUGGGAUGGACUAUGAGGGACAGAAGCAUAAUGGUGAUCACUAUCAUCAUCAGCAUCCGCGAGAGGACAGCGGAUAUUACUAAAAUAGUUCGCCUCUGGUUAGUCUUCUUUCUCAAGUUAAUGUCACUUAUAGGUCAUUAAUUAUUCAGUGAUCUCAUUAUAAGCAAGCAAAGCAAUAAAAACGACUAUAUGAUGCUUUAAAUAUGGCUUACAGCCUAUUUCCACUGUGCAGGUAUGGUGUACAGGUUUACAGUACAUUGAUUUGGGUUGUGAAGUAUUUUUCUUUUGUUUAUUAUUUGGCCUACUUCAUGCUUUCAUCCAUAUUCUUAUCCUUAAAUUAUAAAUUAGCGUCUAUGCCCAUUGGCAUCUUCAGAGAAGUCCAGAGUUUGAUUUUAAGUUCUACCUUUCAUAUAUACCCACUAUAUUACUUUUCAACUUAACUUUUCCCAAAACAAAACACUAUUCUUUCUUGCUCUGUUGUUAAGAAGGAAAACCAUACAAGUAUACAUUUUUAUUUGUUAAGAAUAUACUACCAACUCUAUACUAAUACAUUAGUUUUGGUUCUACAUGCCAUAUGACAUGUUGGAACCUACUGACCCUCAUGCUAUUUUGCAUGGUCACAUAAAAUGAAGAUGUGUUUAGUGUUUACACACAAUUAACUGUUUCGAACUGUAAUGAAGUAUGUGUAUACAUUUGUUAUUGUCUGGGAAUGCAAGCAUUUACUGGUUUUAGAUAAAAUAUGUUUGCUUCCAAGUUUUCAUAGAAUGGGCACUGGCAUAAAACUUGAUUGCUGUUCUUUUUUGCAUAUCAAUCUGUAACAGCUAAUAUUUUAGAUGCUUGUGCAGAUUCUACCUGCAGUCCUUCCAACUCAUACAGUCUAUUGUUAGUGCAUCUUUUCAACUUUUUCUUCCGUAACUGCUUUAAUGGUGUGAUCACAAGCUUGUUGUCUAGGUUACACCUUAUAUCCAUUGUCGAAUAAAAGUUUUGUAGCAGGCAAGGAUAGUAUUUAAAGUUUCCUGAUGUUGAUUUUCUAGCUUUUGCACCUAAUUUAAUAUUACGAGUGUACAGAUGAGUUUAGGUUCUUGGAAGUUGGAAGUUGGUAUUUUCGUGCAGAUAUAUGUGAUUAGUGACACAUGUGAGCUGGUUUGUGAUUCAGCUCUAUGUUUCUCAUGCUAUCUGUUUGAUCACUAAUGAUUGCUGUCUAGAAAUGCAGGUCCUGGUUUUCCUGCAUCAAAGGAUUGAGGUACUUAAUUUUUAACGGCACUUUGCUAUUAAUGUGUGUACAGGUUGUAUGGUGCUGAUCUGACACAGGAGUUUGCAGGGACUGCAGGAGCUUGUGAAAGUCUUAUUGAUAAAGUCCUUUAGAUUAAGUAUUGAUAAAGUCUUGUGAAAAUACUAUAGGUGAUGUUGGUGUUCGGCCUUGUUCAUCUUGAAUAGGCACAUUGUGUGUUUCAGUUAAAGAUGUUUGCUUCUUGGUUGAUAUCCCUUCGAAGUUUUUACUAGUUAUCUUAUCAGAAGACCAACUGGAGUUUAUAUAGUAUUUUGUACUUUCCUGAC